CAAGUGCCGCCUUUAAUUAUUAUAAAUAUCAGAUAUGAUAAUAACUUGUGCUCCGAUUAGGGCCCACAUUAAAUGCAUUAUCGCACUGAACUUGAACUAAAGAUAAUAUUUCCCCAAAUCAGCUUGUUACUUCUUUCAUUAGUUUCCAUCUAGUAGUUCGUUGCGAUCGGUCCACAGUUUGUGGUUCUCUUUUUAUUAUUUGUCCACUGCUUCUGUACACUUCAAGGCGGCCAGAUGCCCUCAGUAAACCAAGAGGAGGAAAGCGGAGUGCCGUAUUCCUACACGGAGGUCAGUACGUUCCAGAUCAGCGAAGGGAACACUCGAAAUAUGUCACCCGAACCGGUAAAGUCCGGUCGCAUUUUUCUGGCUGCCGUGGCAGCCAACUUAUCCGCCUUUGUGGUGGGCACCACCCUCGGCUGGACCUCCCCAAUCGGGCCUAAGCUCAAAUCAGAGGACAUUUCAGACUCUCCACUGAGCAGACCCAUUACUUCCGAGGAAGAUGCCUGGAUUUCGUCCCUCAUUGCCAUCGGAGCCCUGGUGGCUCCUUUUGUAGCCGGUCCAAUGGCCGACCGCAUUGGGAGAAAGUGGGUGCUUUUGUCCAGCAGCCUUUUCUUUGUCCUCGCCUUCGGCUUAAACAUGGUGGCCUCGGAGGUCUGGAUCCUCUAUCUGUCUCGUCUAAUCCAAGGUUUCGGCGUCGGCUUUGUAAUGACCGUGCAGCCCAUGUAUGUCGGUGAGAUUUCCACGGACAAUGUACGCGGUGCCACUGGUUCCCUGAUGCAGCUGUUCAUUGUGGCUGGCAUCCUGUAUGUCUACGCUAUUGGACCAUUUGUCUCAUACCAGGCGCUGCAGUGGUGCUGCAUUGUGGUGCCCGUGGUCUUCGACUUGGUGUUCUACCUUAUGCCCGAAAGCCCAUAUUUCUUUGCGGGAAAAGGUCGAAAAUCAGAGGCUCUGAAAUCGCUGCAGUUCCUCCGAGGCCAGACUGUCGAUGGCGUACAUGAUGAGAUGGCUGAGAUCCAGGCCAACGUGGAGGAGGCGAUGGCCAACAAGGGCACAAUGAUCGAUCUUUUCAAGAACGCAGGCAACCGAAGGGCCUUGUUUAUAUGCGCCGGCUUGAUCUCCUUCCAGCAGUUGUCCGGAAUCAACGUGGUGCUCUUCAACAGCCAGUCAAUCUUUGCCAGUGCCAAUACUGGAUUGGAUCCAGCCAUUGCCACCAUUAUUAUUGGAUGUGUCCAGGUUGGAUCCUCGGCGCUGACACCUUUGGUUGCCGAUCGACUGGGUAGGAAAGUGAUGCUGCUGACAUCAUCCAGUGUGAUGUCCAUCGGACUAGCGGCUCUGGGAGCCUUCUUUUACAUGCAGCUGGUUAAGAAAGAUAUUUCCAGUGUGGUUUGGAUGCCAGUUCCGGCGCUAAUCAUCUACAAUAUUGUUUAUUGCACUGGUUUUGGACCGCUUCCGUGGGCCGUGUUGGGUGAGAUGUUCCCGGCAAACAUCAAGUCGGCGGCCUCCUCAGUGGUGGCCAGCACAUGCUGGACACUUGGCUUCCUGGUCACCUUCUUCUAUCCUAGCUUGGAUGCCCUGGGUUCCUAUUAUGCCUUCUGGCUCUUUGCCGUCUGCAUGGUGGUGGCAUUCUUCUUUGUCCUCUUCAUUGUGAUGGAGACCAAGGGCCUCAGUCUGCAGGAGAUCCAGGAUAGGCUCAAUGGCAAGCGCUAAGCAGAUCAUCAAGUGUUUGAUAUUGCCUUUGAUUCCAUAAUGAUCUUUAACGUACGUCUAAGGUCUAUGUGCAAGUAUUUUAUUGGUUAGUUUUGUAAGCCUAAACUCAAUUGUUACAUGUUUUUCCUGAUAAUUUUUAAACAAAACCAAAAUGUAGUAAUAAUAAUUAUUAUAAAAACUUAA